CAUGCAACAGCAAUAAACAAACACAGAGCCAUGCGUCGUCGAGUCAACUGAUAAAGCGAAGGGGUCUAGCAUAUUAAACCACAUUGUUGUACCUCGUGGUCGUUAUUAAUGAGAUUUUGAAAAGAAAGUUGCGGUCAGCUUCAGCUUAUUUUUGUGUAGCGGAGGAGGUGGACGAGACGGAUACGUGGUGACAUCUUUCUUUCCUGAGUUUGGGCUGUGUAAAAGAAAGAAGAUGGCCGAGAUUGCUAAGCAUAUGGACAUGAAUCACAAGCGAGCCUGCCUCAACCUGGAGAAAGCCACUCAAUUCAUAACACAAGUAUUACAGCAUGAAGUAGUGAGGAACCAGGAGCUCUGUAAGCGGAUCCAUCGUCUGGAGGAGAGGGAAGCGGAGAGUGGUCGCAGCUUGACGGAGCAAGUGGAUUCAAACCGUCAGCUGAGACUUCAGACCGAUGAGCUGCAGAAACGCCUGGAGAUGAAGGACAACUCUCUCACACAAGCCAACCAGACUGUGGCUUUGCUAAGAAAUGAACUCGGGGUCCUACGUCAGCAGCUCCAGAAACAUCAGAGUAAAGAUAGGACAUUCCAGGACGAGAAUGAAUGGCUGGAGGGUGGGGAGAGCAAGGUUAAAGCUGAGGUAUCUUCUGACGGCGAGAGUCCACCGGUCCUGUUCGAUGAUCAGAAGCUGCUGGAGGGUCCACUUUCUGGGAUUAAAGAAGAGGAAGAUACAUAUGAUUCUGUUGAGCAUGGCUAUGGAGAGCAAAGGCAGUCUGUUGUAGGAACAGCUGACCCUGCAUCAGAGGAGACCAUCUCUGCAGCUGUAGACAUCAAAACAGAACUGAUAGAGGAAGGGGAGGGCCAAUCAAACAUGACUCCAGUCCUCCGGUCAGAGAUGGACCUUCCUUCUGACGACCCUGUGUCUCUGGCCCAGUUUUGUGGGGUGUCGGCGGGGCUGGUGGACUGGACUAGGGCACAAGGACAGCGAGGGAUGGAGGAAGAGAUGAGCAGAUGGAAGAGAGAUGGAGACCAAUCUGACAACCGCCCUUGUGCAUCAUCAUUUGCUGACCCCUCGGAGAACCCUACUUCCUGUUGGACCCGACAGACCGUCGCUUCCUCCAGUUCUUCCACAGAGAUAGAGGAGGCCCGACGUUUCUCCGAUCCUCCGUCUGACAAAAUCUUCAGCUCCCAGCUCAAGGUGCACCAACGAAUUAACUCCACACAGAGACCGCGCCAACGAAGUAACUCCGCACAGAGACCACACCACUGUGUUUUGUGUGGCCAAAGCUUCCAUUGUGUGAGCAAUCUCAUCAAACACCAGCGCAUUCACACCGGAGAGAGACCAUUUCACUGCACAGAGUGUGGCAAGACUUUCAAUCGAGAGAAUAGUCUCAAAAGACACUACCGCCUCCACACAGGAGAGAGACCGUACCACUGCUCUAAGUGCGACAAGACUUUCACACAACUUGAAAUGUUAAGGACACACCAGACCAUCCACAUGGGAGAGAGGCCGUACCACUGCACUCAGUGUGGCAAGAGUUUCACCCAUGGUGGUAACUUCAAAAUACACCAGCGCAUUCACACAGGAGAGAGACCGUACUGCUGCAUUCAGUGCGGGAAGUGCUUUAAUCAAGAAGGAAGUCUCAAGACGCAUCAGCGCAUUCACACAGGAGAGAGACCGUACCACUGCACUCGGUGUGGCAAGAGUUUCACCCAUGGUGGUAACUUCAAAAUACACCAGCGCAUUCACACAGGAGAGAGACCGUACUGCUGCAUUCAGUGCGGGAAGUGCUUCAAUCAAGAAGGAAGUCUCAAGACGCAUCAGCGCAUUCAUACAGGAGAGAGGCCGUUUGACUGCGCUCAAUGUGGCAAGAGGUUUUCCACAAAAGGAAAUUUAAAAAAGCAUGAGCUUAAGCACACUGGGGUUAAUCUGUAGACCUGCCUCACGUCAAGUGGCAGUGGCGAUUCUGUUAGACUGCAGACUUUAAAGGAACACUUCACCGUUUUUUCAUAUUAAACUACGUUUUUCAUAUUAAACUAUGUUAUUCAUUUAAUUAAGACGAGUUAAUACAUACCUCUCACGUUUCAAUGUGUGCACUCACUGGCUCUGGCGCGCGGCGCAACUUUGAUAGCACUUAGUUAGCCCAAUGUAUUCAUUAGGAUCCAAACAGAGAUGAAGUUAGAAGUGACCAAAGACCUCCAUGUUUUCCCUAUUAAAAUACAGUUAGUAGUCACAUGACCAAGUAUGGUGAGACAAAAUAAAACGUGGUGCAUUUCCAAGCAGGUAAAAGGGAUAACUAUAUUGUGUGGCGGAAUAAUAUUGGGAGCACUUAGACUCUGUGCAGUAAUAUCCUCACUCCAAAGUGAAACCGAAGUGAAAGUGCAAGAGUGAGGAUAUUAUUGCGCCACACAAUAUAGGCAUUACAUGUUUCAUGGCCACAAAAUGCAUUCCAAUGUCACCAUUGCCAGGUGGACCAUUGAUUAAGGUAGUCUGGGUACUGUAUCUUCAAGAUUAAUCUUAGAAUAAUCCCUUGUCUAGUCAGACAUGAUACGCUAGCAAGCCGUGUGCAUAUUCAAGUGAAUUGCCUCUCUCAUGUACAGUACACCGUUGAAUAAAUCUACAACCUGAUUUAAAGGCACCCUUAACAAGAUUUGCUCUCGGGGUCCCACUCUGGUUGAGAAGUGCAAUAAUAAACAAACUAAACAUGUGUCUUUUGCCACAAAGUAUAAACAUAACUCUGAUAUUUUACAAAGGGCAUUUCAAUCUUUGCCGUUUCGAUUUAGGAGGGCAGUUUCAUACCUGAAACAAGAAAGUUGCUAGGUAGCCUGGGUUUCCCAUACUGCCUUGCGCGGUGAUUUCUUUCACGCUGUUAAGGCAGCCUGGAAACUAACGCCCCCAUUUUCGCCUGAUGUUGGUGGCCAAUCACAGAACAGGGGAGAAAGCAAGACCAUGAUGAGCUAUGCAGAGACACAUUUGAUUGACAUCCGUGGCGCCCAAUGAACGGAUCUGGGCAUUUUUUCAAAUACGAGAAAAUGAACGUCUGGUUGCCAGACCACGUCUCAUUUGAGAAGUGGGAGGCGUUAGCCAGGCUAGUUGCUAGGUCUAAUUGCCUACAGAUUGCUGCUAAGACAAUGGCAGAACUCCACCUGGUCCGUUCGUCAUGUUAUGAGGUUAUGUGCCAUCAAGAUGAUUUUGGAAAUGACAUGUUGAAGUCGAAAAUCUGUUAAGGGUGCCUUUACAGUUUUUUCCAAUUGGUAACACACUAAAAUGACAUUCAUAGCACAAUUAUUUACAGUUUUUUCCAAUAGCUAAAACGCAAUUUUGAAAAUCCACACACAAUUCACAAAACCACACCCCAAAUUGCAAAAUACCUCAAUCUACUUAGCAAAAUGAAGCACUGCAACCAAAACUACAUACAGCAUUAUCAAAAUCAAACUUUUGCACCACAUGCCACACACUUCAUUCAUUCACCAGAUUUUUGUCUAACCAAAUACACACUGUUGGGCAUAAUGAAAAACACUAUCUUUAGAAUGCUUUGCCAUAAUACUAAAAUAGUUAAAAUUGUGAAAGUUCUUUACGUAUAAAUACACAUAAAUAUUUGCAGAUACAGAUGCAUGCUGUUUAAACUUUUUUUCACCAAACAAGUCAGUGCAACAUACAGUAUGUACAGCAAGUAUAUUUACAUUGGACUCUCCCUUCCCCUCUCAUUCUCACUCUUCCUCUUCUCCCUCUGCAAUAUCUUCCAUUUUGGUUGUAAGAAAGGUGCUCGUUGUCCAAUGGUUUUACUGUAUUGUUUUUAUUUUUUGUGAAGCACAUUGGGUUGCCCUGCUGGACAAAAUGUGCUAU